AUGUCAACCCGAACGCAAAACCAGAACCCAACUCAAAGAGACGACGUGCUCCAAGAAGAAGAUGAAGAAGAAGAGGUGUUGAAGCUUGAAGAAGAAGUGGAGCAAAUAGCCCAGAAAGUACUCGAGUACAGAACUAGACGUCCGGAUCAAUUGUACUCCACACUUGCUUCUCUUCUCUCGUCUCAACGACCCAUUAUUCCCCCGACCCGUUUGUCCGAAAGUGGGUCUGAACCUGGACCCGAACCGGAGACGGGCCCUAACUCAGUGGUACCUGUUGAGUCAAGUGGAAUGGCCUCAUUAGUUGGAGAGGAUCAAGAGGAAGCUGAGAAAAUCCAACUCCUCAAACAGAAGACCUCAAGUAAUGCCACGAUGAUGCCUAUUGUUUUGGAAAGGAUGAAAGACUAUAUGGCAAGAGUCGAUAAAUUGGAGUUGUCCAAUGGAAUCAUCCAUCCGGCUUUUAAAAGGAAACGAACAAGUGGACCAGCUUUUUCACAUUAG